CUAACAAGGAAAUUCUGCACUUUGCAUUUGUUGAUGCUUGUCACCAUCUAACAACAUGCAUCUUGCAGUGAUAGUGCUUCUGUGUGGCUCUUCUCUACUCAAAGGAGUCGUUACAACCACCAGUGGGUCUGAUGGCAUUCCAAAGGGUAUUGGAAACAUGCUUGUUUACGAUGACAAACCAGUGGUGUGCAGUACAUUUGGAAGUGGAUCACUCAGGACCUUCAAAAACAACUUUCUCUAUUUGGGAUCAACUUGUGCGUUUGUGUUCAGCCAAUCAUCUGAGACUGACGCUCAAUUUAAAAUAAUAAUACAGCGAGGGGAAGAUGGUAUUCUGGCUAAAAUUAAAAUCACUAUAGACAAUAUUGAAACUGUUGUGGACAAUGGAACCAUUUCUGUUGAUGGAACAAGGAUUUCCCUUCCAUUUGAUCACAAAUCAAUCCAUAUCCAUAAAUACGGGAUUUACACAAGACUAAGGAGUAGGAGAGAUUUUCUGACAGUGCUGUGGAAUAAUCAGGGAAAUGGAAUAGAUGCACUUUGGAUGAAUCUUAAAUCUGACUAUCAAGAUAAAACACUUGGUCUAUGUGCUGAUGCAAGUAAUCAAGAAAGUAAAUAUUCUAGUGAAGACUGUGAAGACAAAGAUGUUAUACCAACAUGUGAAGGUGACAUUGUUUGCCAGAUGACCAUAUCAAGUUACUUAAUGUCUUGCAGUGGAGAAUUAACCCCUAAAUAUAUAGACACUUGCCAAAAGGAGUUUUGUAAUGGUGUACAAAAAAAGGAACGUGUGUGUCCUGUUUUUGAAGAAAUGACUCGUAACUGUGAAGAAGUCACAGAUAGAAUCUACAACUGGAGAGAGGACUGUUCUACACCCACCUGUCCAGGAAACCUGGAGUUUAAAGAUAAUGGCCCAGCCUUCAUCCAAACAUGUUCAAAUCCAACAUAUUCUGAUGAGACACAUACCAGCACUUGCAUUUGCCCAGAAGGUAAAAUUCUUGAUGACCGCCUAGGACAAAAUAAAUGCGUGAAACAGAAAGAUUGCCCCUGCAAAUUUGAUGGACAGAUUUAUAAACCACAUAGCUCACGUACAGGAUUGUGUGAAUCAUGCACUUGUGAAGAUGGAGAAUGGAAUUGUCAAAAAAAGGAUUGCCUUUCAAGGUGCAGAAUUGAAGGCGGGUCUUUCAUCCAUACAUUUGAUGGCAAAGAGUACACAUUGCAUGGAAACUGCAAGUACUAUGCUGCUAUGGGGGAUGACUGGAAACUAAUAAUUCAGCUGAGUAAGUGUGACAGCAGAACGACUUGCCUGACAAGGGUGGAACUUGAAAUCACUGGUAACCAAAUAGUCACUUACACAUUCACUGAAGAAGGCAUUUACGUUGAUGAUAAAGCCACUGCUGAAAGGUAUAAUUCAGAAAAUGUGCAAUUUUUCCCGCAGUCUUCAUUGUACAUUCAGGUUCAAACAAAGUUUGGUAUGAAGAUGCAAAUUCAGAGGAGUCCUUUUAUGCAGCUGUAUGUGACAUUACCUGCCAUUGCAAAGGGAGUUACAAAAGGGUUGUGUGGCAACUACAAUGACAAAAUUGAUGAUGAAUUCAUGGCAAGCAGUGGAAUUGUGGAGGAUUCCAAAUCCUUUGCCAAAUCCUGGAGGAGACAGACACAAGAGUGUGAAGAGAUCUCUCCCAUCUGCAUGAACACAGACAAUGAAAAAUAUGGAAAAGAGAAGUGUGCCUACCUGAAGGACCCUGUAUUUGCUAAAUGCCAUUCUCAUGUCGAUUAUACACCUUUUCUCGAGAAAUGUGUAAGUAGCGCAAAAUGCUGUGCCAAUCCUGCAGAAUGCACAUGUGUAGCACUGGGUAAUUAUGCAAAGGCCUGUGCUGCUAAUGGCUUGAUUGUGGAAAACUGGAGAAAGGACGAUUGUGUUGAAAAAUGUUAUAAAAAUCAGAAAUUUUCAUACAACAUGAAGGCCUGCAAUAGUACAUGCCAGUCACUAUCAGGGUCUGACUUUGCCUGUGAAGUGGAAGAUGUCCCAGUAGAUGGAUGUGGCUGCUUAGAAAAACAUUUGGACAGCAAUGGGAUGUGUGUUCCAGAACCUCAAUGCCCGUGCUAUUAUGGUCAAACUCCAGUUAGUCUGGGGCAAAAUGAAAUUGAUGGACAUACCUGUGUUUGCCAAAAUGGAAACCUUGACUGCCAACCACUGAAAGACUGCACAGAUGGCAAGAAAUAUAUCAGAUGUUCUAAAUAUUCAGGCCCAACGUCUAACAAAACAUGUAAAAGCCUAAAUUUACCAGCCAGUGAUAACUGUGAAAGUGGCUGCUAUUGUCAAGAUGGAUACUAUGAAGAUCAUAAUAGCAAAUGUGUUCGUCAGGAAGAAUGCUCAUGCGUGUUUGGGGACAAAAGCUACUCUGCAGGGGAAACGGUCACAAGUGGAUGCAAUAAUUGCACUUGCAUCAGGGGAAAGUGGAGUUGUACAGAAGAAGAAUGCAAAGGAAAAUGCCAAGUUUAUGGAGAUGGACACUUUCAAACCUUUGAUUUAAAGUGGUACAGCUACGAUGGGAAUUGUGAAUAUACUCUUGUAGAGGACUACUGCGGUUCGACUGGUACUUUCCGAAUAACAGCAGAAAGUGUUCCCUGCUGCGAUGAAGCACUUACAUGCUCAAGGGCUAUUAAGAUUAACUACCAGGGUGAAGAAAUAGAAUUACGAGAUAUGAAAAUUUUAGAAAAGAGAUCAAACAAAUGUGGGGCUGAGACGACAAGUUACUCGGUUCAUACAGUGGGUCUCUACCUAAUUAUCACUCUGACGAAUGGCAUUACAUUGUUGUGGGACAAGCACACAAGAGUAACCAUUAUAUUGGACCCCAAAUGGAAAAAUACAGGUCUCUGUGGUCUCUGUGGAAACUUUGACGGGGACUCUAAAAAUGACAUGAAAACCAGAGGAAAAUCAGAAGUUACAAAUGUACUGGAAUUUGGCAACAGUUGGAAAGUCAACCCCAGUUGUGGCAAUACAGUAAACCAGACAUCCCCCUGUGAGAAACACUGGUACUGUAGUGCAUGGGCAGAGAGAAGGUGCAAGAUCAUUACUGACAACACCUUUCAAGAAUGUCAUAAGAAGGUGGACCCCCAGCCAUAUUACGAUGUUUGCGUUAAAGAAUCAUGUGUCUGUGAACUGGAGGGACAAUACCUUGGAUUUUGCACUGCUGUUGCUGCAUAUGCGGAGGCUUGUAACGAGGCUGAUGUUUGUAUAAAAUGGAGGACCCCAGAUUUGUGCCCUGUAUAUUGUGACUAUUACAAUGAUCCAGGAAAAUGCAGUUGGCAUUACAAACCUUGUGGAACGAUUGCCACAAAGACUUGUGGUAAUAACUUGACUUCUAAGAAGUUCUCUGCAAAGCUUGAAGGCUGCUAUGCAAAGUGUCCAGACGAUACACCUUAUCUUGAUGAGAACACCAUGCAGUGUUCUGCUUUAGAAGACUGCACCUGUCUUUAUAAUCAAAUAAUAAAACCAGGCGAAACCAUACAAAAUGACUGCAACGAUACUUGUGCAUGCACAGAUGGCAGGCUGCAGUGUGGAGGCACAACCACACCAACACCUUCAACCACAACCACGAUAACUACUACAGAAACACUAAUAACCACAACAACCACACCCACGACAACAACUACUACAGAAACACUAACAACCACACCCACGACAACAACUACUAUAGAAACACUAACAACCACACCCACGACAACAACUACUACAGAAACACUAACAACCACACCCAUGAUAACUACUACAGAAACACUAACAACCACACCCAUGAUAACUACUACAGAAACACUGACAACCACACCCACGACAACAACUACUAUGGAAACACUAACAACCACACCCAUGAUAACUACUACAGAAACACUAACAACCACACCCAUGAUAACUACUACAGAAACACUAACAACCACACCCAUGAUAACUACGACAGAAACACUAACAACCACACCCAUGAUAACUACUACAGAAACACUAACAACCACACCCAUGAUAACUACGACAGAAACACUAACAACCACACCCAUGAUAACUACGACAGAAACACUAACAACCACACCCAUGAUAACUACUACAGAAACACUAACAACCACACCCAUGAUAACUACGACAGAAACACUAACAACCACACCCAUGAUAACUACUACAGAAACACUAACAACCACACCCAUGGUAACUACUACAGAAACACUAACAACCACACCCAUGAUAACUACUACAGAAACACUAACAACCACACCCAUGGUAACUACUACAGAAACACUAACAACCACACCCAUGAUAACUACUACAGAAACACUAACAACCACACCCAUGAUAACUACUACAGAAACACUAACAACCACACCCACGAUAACUACUACAGAAACACUAACAACCACACCCACGAUAACUACUACAGAAACACUGAACACCACAACAACCACACCGACGACAACAACUACUACAGAAACACUAACAACCACACCCAUGAUAACUACUACAGAAACACUAACAACCACACCCACGAUAACUACUACAGAAACACUGAACACCACAACAACCACACCGACGACAACUACUACAGAAACACUAACAACCACGAUAACUACUACAGAAACACUGAACACCACAACAACCACACCGACGACAACAACUACUACAGAAACACUGAAUACCACAACAACCACACCCACGACAACAACUACUACAGAAACACUAACAACCACACCCAUGAUAACUACUACAGAAACACUAACAACCACACCCACGAUAACUACUACAGAAACACUAACAACCACACCCACGACAACAACUACAGAAACAGAAACAACUACACGUCCACAUGUGGUAACAUUUACAGGAUCUUCAACCACUCCAGUAACAUCAGGACAAAUAAUAGAAACAUCUACAACUGUGGAAAUAUUUACAGGAUCUUCAACCACUCCAGAAACAUCUACAACUGUGGAAAUAUUUACUGGAUCUUCAACCACUCCAGAGCCUUUUUGUCAAGGGACAUGGUCUGCCUGGAUUAACAAAGUGACACCAAAUCUUACAAAUGAUGGGGAUAAUGAGACCGUAGACACAUCCACGUGCUAUAAUGGAAUUGAAAAUAUUCAGUGCCGUUCUGUAAAAAGUGGUACUAUUACGCAAACCGUGAUAUGUGACAAAGAGAAAGGGUUAGUUUGCAAAAAUGAGGACCAAGCCUGGACGGCAAUUGGAUUUAGAUUGUGCGAUGAUUAUGAGAUUCGAAUUUGUUGUGCUUCUACCACAACAACUACCCCUGAAACCACAACAACUACCCCUGAAACCACAACAACUACCCUUGAAACCACAACAACUACCCCUGAAACCACAACUACUCCAGAAACCACUACUCCCGAAACCACAACUACUCCCGAAAUCACAACAACCCCUGAAACGACAACUACCCCUGAAACCACGACAACUUCCCCUGAAACCACUACAACUACCCCCGAAACUACAACUACCCAUGAAACCACAACUACUCAUGAAACUACAACUACCCCUGAAACCACAACAACUACCCCUGAAACCACAACAACUACCCCUGAAACCACCACAACUACCUCUGAAACCACCACAACUACCCUUGAAACCACAACUACUCCAGAAACCACUACUGCCGAAACCACAACUACUCCCGAAAUCACAACUACCCCUGAAACCACAACAACUACCCCUGAAACCACCACAACUACCCCUGAAACCACUACAACUACCCCCGAAACUAUAACUACCCAUGAAACCACAACUACCCCCGAAACCACAACAACUACCCUUGAAACCACAACUACUCCAGAAACCACUACUCCCGAAACCACAACUACUCCCGAAAUCACAACAACCCCUGAAAUGACAACUACCCCUGAAACCACGACAACUUCCCCUGAAACCACGACAACUUCCCCUGAAACCACGACAACUACCCCUGGAACCACCACAACUACCCCUGAAACUAUAACUACCCAUGAAACCACAACUACCCUUGAAACCACAACUACUCCAGAAACCACUACUCCCAAAACCACAACUACUCCCAAAAUCACAACAACCCCCGAAACGACAACUACCCCUGGAACCACGUCAACUACCCCUGAAACCACGACACCUAUCACUGAACACUGUUUUUGUGAAAGCCCCAAUGGAACUGUGCAGUGUGGUGGACAAUGGUACGAUGGUUGUCUGCUCAAGACAUGCAUGUAUAAGCAAAUUAAAGAAAGCCGUGUCUGCCCUAUACAGUCCAAACCUACGUGUCAAAAUGGUGUAGAGCCUAGACUGGUCGAGGAUGGUUGUUGUACAAAAUGGGACUGUGACUGUCAAUGUGAAGUAUAUGGAGAUCCUCAUUACAAAACCUUUAGUGGGACAACAUAUACCUUCUUGGAGAACUGCACCUAUACCCUUGUUGAAGAAAAGUCUCCAAUACAUAAUUUUUCAGUUGCAGUUGACAAUUAUAAUUGUAUUCCGGGUUACAAAGCAUCUUGUGCCAGAGGCCUUAUAUUAAAAUAUAAAAGCAGUAUUGUGACACUCAGCAUAGUGAAUUAUAAAAUUGUGUCCAAGUUCAACAAUAUGCAGGUGAAAUUUCCCUAUGAAAAUGAUGGAAUUCAGUUGGAGUCAACAGGGGCUUCUGUAAAAGUCUUCAUUCCUGCAAUUCAAACUAGGGUAUCCCUAGCGAGUUACAAUGAAAUCAAUAUCAGAGUGCCGAGGAGUAUUUUUGAGAACAAUACACAAGGACAGUGUGGUGUGUGUGGUGGAACAUCCUGUAUCCGUAAAGACGGGAUGAAUGAAACUGAUUCAUGCUGUGACAAGACUGCCUAUGACUGGAUAUACGACGAUGCCAGUAAACCAUACUGCAAGUCAGCCCCGAAAAACGUGCCCUGCAGAGAACCCCCACCCACUCCACCCCCAUGCUCUUCAAAACCAACGAAAAAUAAUUCAACGUUUUGUUGGCUACUCAGCAGUAGUAUUUUUGACGAAUGUCGAAAAAAAGUAAAUCUUUCAGACUAUGAAGCGGCCUGCCAAUACGAUCACUGCAUGUUAAACAAUACAAAACUGGACUGUUCAAGUAUAGCACGAGCGGCAGAGCGUUGUAAGGAAAGUAAUAUCUGUGUGGAAUGGACUAAACAUACAAACGGGAUAUGUGACCUAAACUGCUCUGUGGGAUUGGUUUAUGGUGCAUGUCGCAGAGGGAUGGAUGAUUACUGCCAGGCAGGAGAGCGUAAAUCUGGAACCGACUUGGGAGAAAUGACAUCUGGAUGCUUCUGCCCUGAUGGCCUAAUUCGUGCAGAUAAAAACAGUGCUCAAUGUAUUCGAAACUGCACAUACUGCAAAGGACCAAAUGGAGAGCACAAAGAGAUUGGAGAGACAUGGAAAUACAAUUGCAAAAAUUGCACAUGUAGCAGCACCACACUGAUGGAAGAAUGUGUUGUUGAGGAGCGUGUAACACCAACCUGUGAGGAUUAUCAAUCUCUGGUAGUCAACAAUGUAACUGAUUCCUGUGAAAUUCCACAUUGUGUCAAUAUAACCUGUGAGCAUGGAGGGCAAACAUAUCAGAUUGGAGAUCAAUGGCAUGAUGCAAAACAGCCAUGCCAUUCUUACAGCUGUGUCAAGAGUGGCAUUAACGAGAAGAUUCUAGUGUGCCCCACACAAAGCUGCCCUGACAGCCAAAAAGUUUGGGAUGACAACAAGUGCUGCUACACAUGUAAAGAAUCAUGUGUACCGAAGACCUCUAAUAAAACUAUACAGAUCGAAGAUUGUUCAGCAUUUCUGACAGUGACCGAAUGUGAAGGCCAAUGUCAAUCUGGAUCAAGCUUCUUUUUAAACACCAAUUCCCAUUCCGGAUCCAUGAUGACAAUUUGCAAGUGUUGCCAGCCAAAGACUGAGGAAAAAAGAAUUGCAACUUUGGCCUGCUCUGGAUCUAAAACCAGACUUUUUGAGUACACUUAUGUAACAGACUGUAACUGUGAGGACUGUCCUGGGAAAUAAUUUCCAAUUCAAUACAUAUAUUUUAUUGUAUUUCCAGUAACAAGCUGUUGAAGUUAAAUUACAAUUAAACUCUUUCUGGUGAUGGUAUUAUUAGGGCACCUCUGUUUACUUUAAACUACUGAAAUCAAUAAAUCUUCUUGCAUAUGA